AUGGAGAGUAACACUAAUAUUAUUAAGGAGUUGAACGCCAUUAACAAAAGUUCAGUAGUACUGGAUCCCAUACAGUCCACUUCACCAAUUGUUCCCACUUCAAUCACAUUAUGUGAAGAGAUUCUUGAAAGGAUCAUUGAAUACGUGGGUCAAUACGAUCUUCCUCGAUUGUGUCUCACUUGUAAGCUGAUCUCAGCCAUUAGUAUGAGAAGAUUAUAUAAAAGCAUUACUGUGAAUCUUAACCCCACAGUUCCUACUAAAUAUAACGGUGAUGUCUAUGAUUUUGUUAGAGACAACUCCUUAAAGUAUUCUAAUACGGUUCUGAUAGUUACCUUGAGUCAGUUACUACGAUUGGUGGAUACCCUUGAACGUAACCCCAGCUUGAUCUCAUCAUUUAUUAGACACUUUGGGUUCGGCAAGUGCUAUGGCUAUGAAAGUAUAGCCCAACCGUUCAUGGAUACAACCACAAACUCGCAGUAUACCAAGAGAGAUAUGAUAUGUUUACAAUGGAAGCUCUAUGAUCUUUUCAGUCGGUUUGCUACUAACAAUAUUGAGUUGGACAUCUCGUAUAUAAGUAGUGGUGAAGGCUAUGAAAAGUUACAUGACUUUGUUACUAAGAAGGAGUCCGUUAGAAAUACGCUAAAGGACUUAUAUGUUAAUGGGGAUCCCAAACACUUGUAUUCUCCAUUUGUUCCUCCCAAGUUACAAAGCUUAUAUCUUAAACUUGAUGAGGAUGUCUUGCUUGAAGAGGAGUUUCAAUUAGAUACAAGUACACCGUCAUAUAACAUUCUUUACAACUUGAAUCGGCUUCAAUGUUCCACAGACAAUUACCAGGGCUUGGAACUACUAAGGAAGAUCAAACUUACCAACGAAGAGAAACUACAACCUCGUCAAUUUGCGUUAUAUCAUUGUCAUGAAGAUGCUGAUCAUGACCAUACGCUUAAUACUAUGUUAAAGUUCCCGAUAUUUGAAUCGAAGCUUGAUUUGCUCAAUAUCACAGACAUGUCUUUAUUUAUAGCAUGUCAAGGAGUGAGUACUUCCAGUUGCUCAUGUUUUGGAGACUUUUAUCAUGAGUUUACCCGAUUUUCUAACCAGAACCAAGGAAUGCCCCAUUUGAAACGGUUUGAAAUGGGUGGGUUUCUUGGGAAGGAUUGGCUUCGUCCUCACCAAUUUCUGUCUGAUGUUUUGGUGCCAUUGGGAAGCUUCUUACAAACGCUAGUCAAUUUGGAACAUCUUGUUAUAAACCAUGAGAUCUUGGGGUUCAAGAUGUUUGGUAAAUCCAGUGGGAUUACUUGUGAAUCAUUGAACAAACUUUCAGAACAGUUGAUGGAAUUGUUCUUUUUGAAUUAUUUUGUUCGAAGUAAUAAUCGGAUUAAGACCCUACAAUUGACUGAUUUCUUGACGUCAUUCAUCUACUAUCAUCCACUGUUUUAUCAAAGUUUACUCCACACAUGUAAGUGCUGGGGAUGUGAGAAGGUCUUGGGAAUAGUGGGUGACCUUUUCUUCCCUAUUCCCGAGAGGCCCACAGAAGUGCAGAAGGAAUCGCUUGAAACGUCUUACUUUAUAACGUUUGGAUAUAUUUUAGGGAAAUUAAUGGCCGAUAGAAGUGUGUUUGUUCCGAAGGUAGACAUUCCUGUUGAGUAUAGAAACUAUGGAUUGUACAAGGGUCAUCCCAACAUGUUACACAACCAAUUGCACGAGAAAAAUGAAGAAGAAGAGGAAGGUGAUGAAGAUGAAGAUGACAAUGAUGAUACUGCCACUGCUGAUGUUACUACUAAUGCUGAUGAUGAGCUUGACUUUGGCAUAGAUCCUAACGCCUUCCGCUCGUCACCUCCUUCAAACAUAUGUCAAUGUGCUAACUUCAACUACGAUAUUGACGACAUUUUGACCACCUAUUUGAUACAUCAACUACGACCAAUAACUUCCUUUUUACAAAAAAUCUUUGUUCAUUUGGAGACCUUAAUGAUCCACGGCAUCUACUUUGAAUACAUUAACACUGAGUCGAGGUUUGUUCCUAUUUAUGAUGAAGAGGACUACCCCGAAGAGUUUGAACAAGAUGGAAUGCACAAGUCAUGGCAAGAAUAUCAGAAGCCAUUUGGAGAAUUCAAACCAAGAUAA